AUGCCGCCAGGAAGCAAGUACUCCGUAUCACUUGCGCCCGCUCCUCCCACUGAGCGGCGCAGUGGUGGCUUCGACGCCGGCGGUGAUUUGUCCUAUAUGAGACGGAAGAAGAAAAAUCCGCGCACCAUGCGCGCCUGUGAUCUUUGUAGGCUCAAAAAGGCCAAGUUCAACCACAGUGCGACGGAGACACACCAUGUAAAAGUUGCACCCGACGGGGAACUUCGUGUACGUACACCCAUGUGCGGAGGAACUCCCGUCCGUAUACCGUAUUGGCGGCGACAGCAAGCCACUCUUAUCGAAGCGAUCCAAAUACUUCAUCACCGCCUGAGAACAGGCGAGGCAAUGGACGACCCUGCAGCUCUGUCCAUGAAAGAGGACCAGCCUGUGAACGACAUCCUGAAGCAUCUUGGAUUGACACCACUCGAGCUUUCUGAGGCUGUCAACGAGCACGUUGGGAGAUACUCACAAUCAAUCGUCUCACCUGCCAGCUCCUCCACCAGCACGCCUGCCAGUGCCGAAGAUUGUCCCACUCAAGGCCAGCUGGAUUGGGGUGACUACCAAGUCCCAUUGAGAAGUCCUGACAAGAUGGUGGACGUUGAGACUCCCGCUAAGCACUCGCGAGAUCACUCUGCUGGGGGUGCCGAGCCCUCAGCCAUGAAUGAUUCGUUCAACUGUGGUUUUUGGGAGAGCGAUGGCGGCCUGGAGGCCCAGAAUUUCUUCGAGCCCUCGCCAUCGCCAACGCCCGGUGACACAUUUUCCGAUGCCCAGCUUGGCUGGGAUUUUGCAGAAACAUGCCCUCUCUCCUACCUCGCACCAGCUGGGAAGUCAGGACCUCAUCAGAGCUUUAGACUUGUAUUUUAA